AUGCCGCCACCAAAGCCGAAAAAGUCCACUGCGGCACCUCCCGCCACCGCGCCUGACCAAACCCCAGAAUCUGACCCCGAUACGCAGAGUACUGCUUGGGCAAGAUACAUCGACCCGGCCUUCAAUGUCACUACACCCCGUUUCAAACCAUGGAAUGAGCGUGACCUUCUGCCGAAAUUUCUGAAAAUGAGCACCGAGGAACGCAAAGUUUACAACCCUAGCAUAAGGGAUAUCGACCAUUUAGCAUUUUUCAGCCCAAACGCCUUGAUCUGGGAAGAUCCCGCCGCUCCCGACCACGAUCGCUUUCUGGAUGUGAAAAUCGUGCCCAAGACUGUAACAACGGCCCCAGCCAAUCGGAAGCGCAAGAGCACAACCGCAGGCCUCGACGCCGAAUCUACACGCGAUGCCAAGAAAGCCAAUAUUUCAAAAAAGAAACCGGAAAAAUUGCAAGAUGACCUCUCGGAUGUCGAAAGUGAAAUUGAGUGGCCCGAGGAAGAUGACAAUCUGCCAUUGCCGAGUGAUGAUGAAGUAGAUCCGAAAGGACUGCUCGAAUGCAAUGAUGAGCAGGAUGAACUGCAAUACUUCAAAGACGCUUUUGUGCUAAGGGAGGAAUUGAUCCCCGAAAAGGACAUUCCCAGAAGAUUGCAAGAAGCCGACGACAAGAUGGAGGAGUUGAGAGUGAAACACCGCAAAGAAAUGGAAGACGAGAAUAAGGAAGGUCUCCGCAAGCGUGUCUCCACCAUUUCAUUGAGCUGUUCCCUUCUAGCUGUCUUGCAAAAGAAUGUUGGACUUACUGGAAAGCUCCCUUCAAUCUUGGGCGGAUGUAUUGAAGUCAUGUUCAUAAUAGGCUCUCUCCUCCCAGCCUUUAUGCUGGAUCGCAUGGGCCGGCGACGGAUCAUGAUGAUCGGAUCUUUCGGUUUGGGCGUUUGUAUACUCAUGAUCGCAGCUCUAUUGUCGCAGAUUGACGAGCCCGAUGAACAAAAUUACGCCUCAGCCUCAGUUGCGUUCUUCUUUUUGUAUAUGCUUAUCCAUGGCAUGUCUAUCAACUCUGUACCUUGGUCAUAUGUCCCAGAAAUUCUACCUUUGGAAGCUCGAACCAAGGGAACAGCCAUUGGUGUCAGCUCUAACUGGCUGUGGAAUUUCACCGUGGUCUUGAUCACACCUGUCAUUAUAAAUCGCAUCCAGUGGAAGGCAUACUUGAUCUUCAUGAUCACCAACUUUAUUUUCAUCCCAGUGGUUUAUUUCUUCUAUCCUGAGACCGGCAAUCUGCGUCUGGAGGAUGUUGAUUUGAUCUUCUCUCGGGGUGGAGACCCAGUUAAGCAUGCACGAAAGAUGGCCGCGGAGCUCAAAGCUCACGGCCGGAUUGAGUCCGAGGAGCAAAUUGACGAGGAAAAGAUUAAUAGUGUACGGGUGGAACAUAUCUGA